GCGCUCACCUUGGAGGCUCAGCGCUAACCGAGACCAUGUGGACCGCAGACGAGAUUGCGCGGCUGUGUUACGAGCACUACCGGACCAGGCUGCCCAAGCAGGGGAAGCCCGAGCCCAGCCGUGAGUGGACGUUACUAGCAGCUGUGGUGAAGAUACAGCCUGCCGCUGAGCAAGCCUGUGAUGGCGCUAACAAACCGGUACAAGUGACAAAGGAAGUUGUCUCGAUGGGAACAGGAACGAAAUGCAUAGGCCAGUCCAAAAUGAGGAAGAGCGGAGACAUCCUCAAUGAUAGCCAUGCUGAGGUCAUAGCCAGGAGGAGUUUCCAAAGGUACCUUCUCCAUCAGCUCCACUUGGCGGCCUCCCUGAAGGAGGAUAGCAUUUUUGUCCCUGGAACUCAGAGAGGGCUGUGGAAACUCAGACCAGGCCUCUUGUUUGUGUUUUUCUCCAGCCAUACACCCUGUGGGGAUGCCUCCAUCAUUCCAAUGCUUGAGUUUGAAGAUCAGCCCUGCUGUCCCGUCAGUAGACGUUGGGCCCAGAAGCCAUCAGAAGAAGCCAAUAGUAACCUGGAAACUUCUGAAAAUGAAAAGAAAUGUGAAGACCUGGGUGGUCCUGUGACCAAAAGGAUGAGGCUUGGGAUUCCUGAUGGUGCGGCUCACUGUCAGAGUUUAGACAAUCAGGAAAGUGGUCCAGACCCACCAACUGUCAGCAGCUCUAAUCUCACCACACAGGAACUGGCCACUGUCACCGGAAUGGCCCCCAGUGGUGCCAAAGUGGUGGACAUUUAUAGAACUGGAGCCAAAUGUGUGCCGGGAGAAGCUGGAGACUCGGGGAAGCCUGGUGCAGCAUAUCACCAGGUGGGGUUGCUGCGGGUGAAGCCCGGCCGGGGAGACAGGACCUGCUCCAUGUCCUGCAGUGACAAGUUGGCACGGUGGAAUGUCCUCGGUUGCCAGGGGGCACUGUUGAUGCACCUUCUAGAAGAGCCCGUCUACCUGUCAGCUGUGGUCAUUGGGAGGUGCCCGUACAGCCAGGAAGCCAUGCGGAGAGCUCUGACUGGGAGGUGUCAGAACGUCUCAGCUUUACCUGAAGGCUUUGGAGUGCAAGAAGUGACAAUACAGCAGUCGGGUUUACUGUUUGAACAGAGCCGCAGCGCAGUGCAGGCAAAAAGGGCUGACAGCCCAGGCCGGCUUGUCCCUUGUGGCGCAGCCAUCAGCUGGAGUGCAGUUCCUGAGCAGCCACUGGAUGUCACUGCCAAUGGCUUUCCACAGGGAACAACAAAGAAAGGAAUCAGGUGCCUUCAGGCCAGAUCCCGAAUCAGCAAAGUGGAACUCUUUAGAUCAUUUCAGAAACUGCUAAGCAGCAUUUCAGAGGACCAGUGGCCAGACUCCCUCAGGGCGCAGACGCUGGAGACGUACCACGAGUACAAGGAGGCUGCGUCUACUUACCAGGAAGCCUGGAGGGUGCUCCGGAAGCAGGCCUUUGGAUCCUGGAUCAGAAACCCACCGGACUACCACCAGUUUAAAUAAGAAGGGCAAACUGCAAACACUGGUAGCAGAGUGUUUUCCCGCUGCUUGUACUGGACGGCUUCUUCCUUUGUGCUGGACAAGACUUAGCUUUUCUUGUGGCUGAGUCAGGAAAAAAAGUCUGCCAUCUGCCAGAGUGACAUAUCUCUUCUGUGUAAUAUGGACAGAAUUCUGGAACACAGAACUAUCUAUACUUGACUGACAUCUCUCUCUGCUAAAACCUCAUCUUGCUGAUGCCCUUGGCAUCUGUCCUGACUUGUGUGUUAUUGCUUCUCUAAAAUAUGGAAUAAGAAUUUGGACUGUGACGCUUAAAGGUACUCUGCAGUAGCUCCACUUUGUGCGUUCUUGCAUUGAUCUGGCAAGUAUUUCUUGGGCUGAGAUGGUGUUCGAACCUCUGCAAGUUUUAGGGCUCCCUUGGCAUAGUGGACAAAUGCCACUUCUUCCCUUGGAUGGCCAUCCUUUCCUGCUCUUUCCACGGGGCUUGGUUGAAGCAGACCUCACUCCCCGGCUCUCAGGUUGUGAGGCAGCCCCGUACAAUCCUGGCACCACUGUGAGAGCGAGCAGGACAGAUGCUCUCUCCUCUCGGUUCAGGAGCUCUACGGGCCACAGCAUCGUGGGACUGUCUGUCUGUGCCUGCCUUUGCCGCCACACAGAGGCAGC